UAAUGAGUGUUUGAAAUAUAUUAUCAGCAAAUGGUCAACCAUAUUAAGGUGGGGUUAAAGUUUGUAGAUAGUUCUCCAGGCACAGGAGGACUAGUUGUACUAGUUCGUAUUCAACAUUCGCAUCGUUCACGGAAAGUCGGAAGACAGGGAAGAAGUUUUCAAACAAAGUUCAUUAAUUAAACGGCACGAUGGGACGAAUCGUGGAAUAUCUCGUUUUGGCUUUAACGGUAUUCAGUCCCAGUGAAGGGACGAAUAUCCUUUGCUUGAUGUCGGUGGCAAGUUACAGCCACCACAUUUGGAACCGUGUGCUGAUGGAGGCGUUGGCUGCAAAGGGGUACAAUCUUACAAUCGUGUCGGCGGAUGUGGAAAAGGUACAGAAGGUGAACUUGACUUACAUUCACUUAGAAGAAACGUACCAAGCAGUGCACGAAGGAGAUUCCGCCAUUGAUUUGUUCGAAAUGGCCCAGGAAGGCUUGGUGAAAAGUAUGCUGACUUUUUACGACUAUGGAAUGGCAUCGUGUGGAGGAUCGUUGAGAUCGAAGGGAUUGAAGCAGAUCCUGAGCUAUCCGAACGACUUCAAGUUCGAUUUGGUGCUGUAUGAUUUCACUUUUGGUCCUUGCAUUUUGGGGUUGUUUCACAAGUUCGGACAACCACCACUAGUUGGAGUAUCAGCGUUUAACAAUCCUCCUUACACUGACGAUCUGAUCGGUGGACACAAGUACCCGGCGUACAUCCCAUACUAUACACUCAACUAUGGUAGUGAUAUGACAUUUUUGCAAAGAUUGGAAAAUGCGUUCAUCUAUGCAGCGGAUUACUUCUAUCGUACCUUCGUUUACCUUCCGGCAUUAGACAAUCAAAUCCGCCAGAUUCCUGCCUUUAACAAAAUACCUUAUAUCGGAAGUUUACAAGAGAAAACAAUGCUCGUGAUGGUCAAUUCCCACCAUUCAGUUGACUUCCCAGAGCCGAUACCCCAGAACAUGGUUAUGGUUGGUGGGCUGCAGAUCAUGGAGCCGAAACCAUUACCCGAGCACAUCAAAAAGUUUAUCGAUUCCGGAUGCAAGGGAGCAAUUCUGUUUUCUUUGGGCACCAACGUCCGGAGUUCAGACCUCAGCGAUGAGCGGAUUUCCAUGUUGGAAGCAAUUCGACAGUUUCCGGAGUACAAUUUCCUGUGGAAGUUUGAAACAGAUCUGAAGAAUCAUCGUGUGCCAAACAAUUUAAUGAUUAAAAAGUUUUUACCACAGAACGAUAUUUUGGCUCAACCGAAGAUUAAACUAUUUAUCUCGCACUCGGGUUUGCUGAGCACGCAUGAGGCCUCCUGGCAUGGAGUUCCCAUGGUUGGAAUUCCUUUCUUUGCGGAUCAGUACCGCAACCUCGAAAAAUCCCUCCAGGCUGGGGUCGCCGAACGGUUGGUCAUUUGGACAGUGAGCACUGACAAGAUUGUGGCCACUAUUCGGAAGGUUCUCGAAGACGAUGGUUAUCGAGUACGAAUGAAGGCGAGAUCGGCUCUGUUUCGUGAUCAACCGGAAAGGCCUCUUGAACGAGCUCUCUGGUGGAUCGAUUGGUGUUUGAGGCACUCAAAUGCGGAAACCAUCCGGUCACCUACGGUUCGGCUGGGUCCGUGGAAAAGUGAACUGUACGAUGUGAAAUUGCUCGUAGUAUUAGUGGCACUGUUGGUGGUAAUUGGGAUAAGGCGGGCUGUUCGAGGGAUAUUUUCUACCGGAAGUGUAGUUAAAAGGAAGAAAAAAAUGAACUAAAAGAUUAUUUAAGCAACAAUAAAAUUGUAAACCAAAAGU